AGGGGGGACAGGCGCCGGCGGGCCUGGAGCGGAUCCGGCCGACCAGAGAGAGCGCCCCGCCGCCACUGGCCAUGGACUCGGAUGCGAGCCUGGUGUCGAGCCGCCCUUCCUCCCCGGAGCCCGAUGAGCUCUUCGUGUCGGCGACGCGGAGCAAGAGUGUGGGCGGCGGCGGCGGCUUCUCCGCGGCGGGCGGCGCCGUGUCCUCCUCGACGCCCAGCGACUCCCCGGCCGAGCUGAGCGCCGAGCUGCGGAGCGCCAUGAGCGCGGCCGGGGUGGUGAUGGUAGACAAGCUGGCCUUCAAGUCGCCCUCGUCGCUCUCUUCCUCGUCGUCGUCCUCCUCUUCCUCGUCGGCCUCCUCGACGGCCUGCAAGAAGGACAAGAAGCAGAUGACGGAGCCGGAGCUGCAGCAGCUGCGCCUGAAGAUCAACAGCCGCGAGCGCAAGCGGAUGCACGACCUGAACAUCGCCAUGGACGGCCUGCGCGAGGUGAUGCCCUACGCCCACGGGCCCUCGGUGCGCAAGCUCUCCAAGAUCGCCACUCUCCUCCUCGCGCGCAACUACAUCCUCAUGCUCACCAACUCGCUGGAGGAGAUGAAGCGCCUCCUCAGCGAGAUCUACGGCGGACACCACGCCGCCGGCUUCCACCCACCGGCCGCCGCCUGCCCCGGGGGCCUGGUGGGCCACGCCGCCCCCCUGCCCGCCCCCGUCUCCAGUGCCUCCCUGCCCGGCGCCGGCGCCCUGGCCGCUGUCAGCUCCAUCCGGCCCUCGCACGGCCUGCUCAAGUCGCCCUCCAGCGCUGCAGCCGCUGCCGCCGCCGCCGCCGCCGCCGCCCCCCUGGGCAGCGGCUUCCAACACUGGGGAGGGAUGCCCUGCCCGUGCAGCAUGUGCCAGGUGCCCGCCCCCUCGCACCAUCACGUCUCCGGCAUGAACACGGCCAGCCUGCCCAGACUGACCAGCGACGCCAAAUGA